GACUUUGACUAAAAUAGCUACAAACAAUCAGACUUCCUCCAAUUUACAGUGUUGUUUGUUUGUUAAUUGAUCACAUCCACUUCUCCCGGAUUCCUUCUCAAAUUAACCACAUUAAUACACAAUUGUACCUACAAUUGUACCUACCAUUGACAUAAGUUAUUCAAUCCAUUCAAUUCAAUUCCAUCCUCCAACCACAAAAAUGGACAUGACACACGGCGGAAUGGACACUCCAACAGGAAGCACAGAGAUGGGACACGGCGGCUCAGGUUUAAUGGGAAUGGACACCAUGGCCAUGACAUUCUUCACCUCCACCACCACACCCCUCUACUCGCUGUCCUGGUAUCCAGAUUCCGCAGGAAAAUACGCGGGGACCUGCAUCUUCCUCAUCACCUUCGCGACCAUUUUCCGCGCCUUAUUGGCUGUGCGGUUAAAUUUCGUCGAGGUGCUUGCUAUCAUUAAAUUUGGGCGGAAGGAGGGUGUCAUCUAUCCGGAUGACCAUCAGAGGAUCCGUCCUUGGAGGGCGAAUGAGGCGGUCACUUUGGCGGCGAUGGAUGUUGUUCUUGCUGGGACAAGUUAUCUUUUGUGAGUAUGGGGAUUUUUGCGUCUUGAAAAGGUGCUGAUUUUAUGAUAGGAUGAUAGCGGUCAUGACUAUGAAUGUGGGAUAUUUCAUCUCCGUUCUCGCUGGUGUUUUCUUGGGUAGUGUGAUUUUUACUCGUUUCAUGGCUUAUUCGGCGGCUCAUUGAACGCUCUUUCCAUUUGUUCACGAUAAUUUGAGGGCAACUUUUCGCCUUUCACGGCUUGGGGGAUUUAAUGGGGUUAUGGCAAAUCGGACUUGCACCAUUCGCCAGUUCAAUGGAAAUGCCUGGGGCAUGUUCAGGAAUUUUGGGAGUUCGUGAACCCGGGCGAUUGAUACAGUGGGGUACAUUUUACGAACCUGAUGAGUCCAAAUUGAAGAUGGAGGAAAGAGGUAGUUCACGCAAAUUCUUCAAAAGGUUAUUAAUGCCCCGAGAUACUCAAGUAUCUCCGCGUUUCUCAGUCCCACUAAUCAAGCUUCCGGGGCUUUACAUAAGAUUCUGUAUUCUACUUGA